AGAGGGGAGCUGCGGUGGGCAGGAGAGCGGGGCUUUUCUCCGCUGGCCCAGUAGGACGUGGAGAUCGGCGAGCGAGGGCUGCGCAGGGACGAGGAGCGCAGCCCGCUGGCCUUCCCCGUCCCGGGGGCUGGGAGAGCGAGUAGCCGAGGCCCCGCCGCCCCCCGCCCGCUGGAUUUGCCGUUCCCGGUGGCUCCCUGCACAUCCGAUUUCAGAUGCAUGCCAGGUUCCUGCUGAAUGCCAGCAGCAGAGAUCACUACAGAUGGAGCCCCAAAGUCAGCAUGGCAGCGGUGGCUCACUGGUGGUGAUUCAGCAGCCCUCCCUGGACAGCCGGCAGCGCUUGGACUAUGACAGGGACAGCCAGCCCACGACCAUCUUGUCACUGGACCAGAUCAAGGCCAUCAGGGGCAGCAACGAAUACACCGAGGGGCCGUCAGUGGUGAAAAAGUCAGGUCCACGGACGGCGCCGAGGCAGGAGAAGCAUGAGAGGACUCACGAGAUUAUACCGAUUAAUGUGAAUAAUAACUACGAGCACAGGCCCAGCCACGCAGGGCACGUGGCACAUCAACAUAACGCCAGGGCUCCCAUCCUGAGCCGAUCAACCAGCACGGGCAGCGCGGCCAGCUCCGGCAGCAACAGCAGCGCCUCCUCGGAGCAAGGGCUGCUGGGGCGCUCGCCGCCCUCCCGGCUGGGCUCCGGCCACAGAUCCGACCGGACAAUCCGGGCGCAGCCCAAGCAGUCGGCGCUGAUCGUGGACGAUCUGAAGGGGCCUUUGAAAGAGGACUUGACGCAGCACAAGUUCAUCUGCGAACAGUGUGGGAAGUGCAAGUGCGGGGAGUGCACGGCGCCGCGGGCCCUGCCCUCCUGCCUGGCCUGCAACCGGCAGUGCCUGUGCUCGGCCGAGAGCAUGGUGGAGUACGGCACCUGCAUGUGCCUGGUCAAAGGGAUCUUCUACCACUGUUCCAACGACGAUGAAGGGGACUCGUACGCGGAUAAUCCCUGCUCCUGCUCCCAGUCACACUGCUGUUCUAGGUACCUGUGCAUGGGAGCCAUGUCCUUGUUCCUGCCUUGCUUGCUCUGCUACCCUCCGGCCAAAGGAUGCCUAAAACUCUGCCGGGGGUGCUACGACCGCGUCAAUCGUCCGGGGUGCCGGUGCAAGAACUCCAACACGGUCUAUUGUAAACUGGACAGCUGCCCCUCCCGGGGUCAGGGCAAACCCUCAUGAUUUUGGGAGGGAGUUUUACUUCCUCCAACUUCAGUUUUUCAGGUUGUAGCUGAUUUUUUUUUCCCCCUCCCCCCAUCUUUUCUUCUUCCUCCCCUCCUCUCCCAUUGCUUUCCUUUCCUUUCUGUCUGCCCAACUUCAGACACAUGAGUUCUUCCCCUUGCAUCUUUGUUCUCCUCCUCCCACUGACUUGGCUGAGUGUGGAGCGUUUCACACAGUCGCUGCUGCUCUUUGGUAAGUGUGGACCUGGGAUCUGCACCUGCCACUCGUUUGGGCAGGGUCUUUGAGUUUGUAACUGAACCACUCCUGAAAGAGACAGUGAAGGCUCACUGGGCUCUUGAAGCUUCUUGCUCUGUGAAUAUCUUCCCAAAGAUAGUGUUGGGUUUUUUGUUUGUUUGGUUUUUUUUUUUUUUCCUCAGCAAGUUAUGGUUUUUUCUCCUUAACCUCCUGAGUGCCAAGGGAGAAUAACUUUCCUGAGUGAGCUGGAUUGUGAAAUAACUUUUUGUGUGCUUUCUGGAGAGGGAUGUAAAAUAAAGGCUUCACCAAAUGAAAGGCCUAACUCUUCUAUAAGCAGCCUGCUUCUUUUUGCAUCUUUUUUUUUUCCCCCCUUUCUUUUUCUCUUAACUUUUGGAACAUUCUCAGACCUGAGAAUUGCCCUGCCUCUUUUUUCUCUUUUUAUUUUAUUUUAUUUUAUUUUAUUUUAUUUUAUUUUAUUUUAUUUUAUUUUAUUUUAUUUUAUUUUAUUUUACUUUAUUUUCAGUGUAACUUCAGUUUUUGCUACACUAUGUAGAUCUUCACAUUGGAGACAUUGUGGCUGCAACAUACUAAUUUGUUUCUUUUUGCUGUCUUUGAAGGAUAUUGCUUACUCCACCCUCCUAAUCCAGUUUUUAUAGUCUGUCAGUAUCAGUUGAUAUUAAAGUUGGUGGUGUUCAUAUAUCCAAACAGCCUUCAGGUGUCAUUGAGUCACCUAAAUGUUCUUGAAUCCUUCAAGUCUCUUGUGAUCCUUUGGCUUAGUGAGUUUAGCUCUUCUCUGUACUUUAUAAUUUUAUUCUGUCCCUGUUUUAUUGCCUUAGCCACAGAUUGUGGUCCUUUUUUGUAUAUUUUAUGUAUAAAACACAAAGUUGAAUCCCAACUAUUUUUAAGACAAAAGUCUGUUAAAACUUUUUUUAUUGUAAAGAAUAUUUAUUAUGUGAAUCUCUAUUAUUUUAUGAUAUUUAUUGCAAAAGACUUUGAAAAUGUACUCAUGUCUGAAUAUAACAAAAUAUCAAUACUUAACGAAAUAAGGAUGACACGAAGAAAGUACAUAUGUUAACUAUAAUGCAGAAAAUAUAUUAAUUAAUGAAAACGC